AGAGGGUGUAGUACCACGUGACCGCUGACCUCCCUCCUACUCCUCCUUUUCGUCCCGUCAGUGUGUGUGUGUGAGUGUGUUGCAGCGGCGGUACAGGACAGCAGCUAACAAACCAUGGCUUUCUUCACGCACAAUAUCAGCCGGGCUCUCUCGUCCACGGCCGUCAGGAAUACUGUUAUUAAGCAUGUCACCAUUAUCGGAGGCGGACAGAUGGGCGCAGGUAUCGCACAGGUUGCUGCAUCAACUGGCCACACGGUGAUGCUGGUGGACACGUCUGAGGACAUCCUGAAAAAAUCUGUCAAAGGAAUUGAAGGGAGCUUGAAAAGAGUUGUCAAAAAGAAGUUUGCCGAUAAGCCUGAGGAAGGUGCUGCGUUUAUCCAGAAAGUCAUGAAGAAUGUGUCAUUCACAACCGAUGCAUCAUCUGCAGUUCAAACCACAGAUCUUGUGCUGGAAGCCAUUGUGGAAAAUAUCAAAAUCAAACAGGAUCUGUUUGGUGGCCUUGACAAACUGGCACCAGCACACACUAUCUUUGCCAGCAACACAUCGUCCCUGCCCAUCUCCGACAUAGCCAGCUCCACCAAGAGAUUGGAUAGAUUUGGUGGCCUUCACUUCUUCAACCCAGUCCCAAUGAUGAAGCUUGUAGAGGUGAUUGGAACCUCAUCAACAAGCCAGGAGACCUUUGAUUCCCUCAUGAGCUUCAGCAAGGCCCUGGGAAAAACACCUGUGUCCUGCAAAGAUACUCCUGGAUUCAUUGUAAAUCGCUUACUUGUUCCUUACAUGAUGGAGGCCAUCCGGUUGCACGAGAGAGGUCAUGGAUCCAAAGAGGACAUAGAUAUUGCCAUGAAACUUGGUGCUGGGUAUCCCAUGGGACCCUUCGAGCUUCUGGACUACGUAGGACUGGACACAGCAAAGUUCAUUAUGGAUGGCUGGAGUGCAAUGGAUCCUGGCAACCCGCUCUUUGGCCAGAGUGAAAUGCUAAACAAGUUGGUUGCAGAGGGUAAAUAUGGGAAAAAGACAGGAGAGGGAUUCUACAAGUACAAGUAAAAAGGUUUUGCAACAUCUCAAGCUGAUGUGCGGUUAGGUGCUUCCCCCCCGAGUAAAUGAUCACAAGAGACAGCGAGAAACUUGAGGGAUCUCAGGAAAACAAACCAGGAACUGAUACGAAAAUGAUAAUGGAAAAGUGCUAGAUCAUUAUGACACCACUACUGUUUGUGUGCCUUUUAGGGAAAAAAAGGUUGAUUUGUCUGUCUGAAUGUCAUCUUUACAUGAAUCAAGAGAUUCUCAUUAAACGCAUUUCUGCAAACGCUC